AUGAUCAAGGCAAUCUUCUACAGCAAAUUCGACACGCAAGAGGGUCCCAAAGUCGUCCACCAAGUCCCUGAUGGAGCCAUCGUUCCCUCCCCCACGGCACCUGCACAGUCACUCUACCUGACCUUCUCCGACGUCUCCUUCUUCGUGAUCCCCCGCCAGGAACUCUGCGGAAACCUUCUGCAAGUCUGCACAAAUGGAUACCGUAUCCUGGGCUACCCAAUUUGCAUGAAGUCGGCGCGAUAUGAUCGCAAUGAGUUCAUUUUCAACUUCUGCAUUGUUCUCGCCGAAGAGGACGACUUUAGCACGUAUAAGAGUGUGGUACAGAAGAUAGCGGAUCUGAUGCAUGGCCUAGAGGAGCAGAAUGGCUUUCUAUCCCGUGAUUUCUCCAGAAGUGGGGAGGGGAAGGUGCAUAGUCUCUGUGAGAUGUUGAUGGAGGACUUGAAUAACUACUGCGAGUGCAUGGUUCCCAUCGAUGAGUUGAAUACUCUCAACAUUAAGCUGUUCCCGAUCUAUCCCUCUCCUCCGCAAGUCAAGGCAUGGCAUGUGCCGCUUUUCACCCUGCGAUAUCAGGCCUUUAUGGAUGAGAACUGGGACUUGACCAUGCAGCGGAUUGUCCCUCAUAUCAACGGCGUCAACAGUGUCCGCAUCAUUUCCAUUCUAGCAGACACAGACUUCUCUCUCACCUGCCGUGCAAUCCGCCACCUCCUUUACUACGGCUGUCUAUUCCUCCUCGACAUCUUCUCCUUCGCAGCCAUAUACGCCCCGACCGCCCAAAUCAGCGCAACAAUCGGCUGCGACGAAGCAAUGCAACUAGAAUGUGCUCGCUACGUCAACCUCCGCUUCGCACCACACCUCCCAAUAGGCCCAAGCUCAUCCUUCCCUGCACCCCUCGCCCCAAGCGGCAGCAGCACAAACGGCAGCGGCACGGGACCACUCUCAAGCUCCCUAACCGACCACGCCCCAAGUAUAACCCGCGACGACUCUCGCUUCGACGCAGAAGAAAUAUGGCCCCUCCUCGGUCCCGCAGAAGACACAGACGACCCCACAGACAACAAUAACAACAGCACAACCCCAGCACCUUCCUCAUCCAGCGAUACCUCCACUUCAAACAACCAAACAAACGCCCUCCACAAACCAGCUAUAGUAGAUGGAGUAGGCCUAGUCGAGCUCUACGCCAGCCUAAAACAAGGCCAAAGCGUCAAACAAUGGUACGCACAACACAGCAGAGCCCUAGCAAACAUCGACAUCCGCCGCUUCAUCACCUUCGGCGUAAUAAAGGGCUUCCUCUACCGCGUCCACAAAUACGCUUGCGCUACCGGCCACACUGCGCCCGCCCCGCGCACGGCGGGCUCUCCUUUCAUGCCUACGCCUACGCAUACGGCCACGUCCACGGCAACUCCUGUGGCUACGGGUUCCUCGUCCCGUGUUACGACGGGGACUACGACGCCCUAUACUGUUUCCAGUGUUGGGGAUGAGGGGCCUCUUCCUGGGAGGGAGUCGAGCUGGGAGAGGCCUGGGUCUGUUUUUAGUGGGAGUAGGAACGGGGUUGGUGCGGGUAAUUUUGAGGAGUAUGAGGUUGAGGAGGUUGAUGAUCGGGUUUUGGAGAGGUAUCUUGAUGGGACGCAUUGUUUUGAUCAGAUUUGUACCGAGUUGGAGCUUAGUGAGAGGGAGUUGACGGCGAGGUUGAAGAGGUAUCCUGGGGAAGUUUUGAUUCUGCAUCGGUGA